AUGGCGUUAAGGAUUUCACUAAUUUCCCCCAAAUUCAAUAGAAAACCCUCAAAUAUCCAAACCGAACUAUCCCUCUUACCACCACCAAACCCUAUGAACAGAAGAAGCACAUUCCAAGUUUCUUGCAGCAAGAAAAAAAUCAGUGAUGCAGAGAUUGCAAUCGAUUUAGCAACAGAGAUUGCAAGAAUAAAGAUCCCUGCAAUACAGAGAAAAGAAGCCAUGAAUAAAAGCAAGGAGCUUUUAUUUGGAGAGUUUUGUCAGUACCUAAGUCAGAAACCAGAAGAAGUGGAACAGAAAUGGAGAGAUAUGGAUGAAACAGAGAAGAUGGGUUUAGUGAAAGGGUUUGUUUCUGAAUGGAGUUUAUCAUUUCAUCCUUUAUCUUCAAGGUCUGUUAAAGACAUGCUGGAAGAACACUUGAAAAAACAAGUAGAAAACCCUUCUGUUAGUUUAUCAUCUUCUCCUUCUCUAAUGUUUCCUAGUUUGAAGAAAAUUCUGGGCAUGACCCAAAACGGUAUGUAG